AUGAAGCGUUUGACCAAGUGUUUCCGCAAGAAGAGGGGGUGCGUACACCACGUAUUCACGGUAGGAAUAAUCAUCCAAGGUAAUAAGAGGGCGGGAAAGCCGACGUACUGCUUCUUCCUGGACCUUAAAAAGGCAUACGACACCGUAUGGAGAAAUGGGUUGUGGAAACAACAGUCCAAAUACGGGAUCACGGGGAAAAUGUGGAGAGUGCUGAAGAAGAUGACAGAGUGCACGAAAAGCGCGGUCAUGCUAGACGGAGAACUGUCAAAAUUCUUCGACAUUGAGCAGGGGGUCCCACAAGGUUGCACGCUGUCCCCAACAUUGUUCCAGGUGUUCAUCAACGAUCUGUUGGAAGUCGUAGAGGCAGUCCGGAAGGGAGUAAAAGUAGGGGACACGGAAACGUCGGUUUCAGGAAUGCUGUUUGCGGAUGAUUUUGUCGGUAUGUCGGACACCCCUGAGGGACUGCAACUGCAAAUUGACGCGGCGAAGAAGUUUACUGAUAAGUGGAGAUUGUCUGCCAACGUUCAGAAGAGUGCCGUCAUGGUAUGCAACGAGAACAAGGAGGAACCAGUAGAACAUAGAUGGAAGUGGGGGAUCGAGGAGAUUAUAAUGGACCAGCAGUACACAUACCUCGGCGUAGAGAUCGCAAAAGACUGCUCGUGGAAUGCACACAUGUCCAAGGUAGCGGAAAAGGGCAAAGCACGAGCAGGGAAGCUGCACCCAAUACUCGCAAACCGGCACCUCGAUACACGCAUCAAAUUGACGGUCAAGAGCGUAAUCAUACUACCGCCGCUAGAGUUCGCCGGAGAAGUAUGGGAAGGAAAUAUGAAGGUAGUGAAAGAACUAGAGGCGGCGCAGAUGAAAGCAGCGAAAAUCAUCCUAGGAUGCUCCACGCGCACAAGUAAUGCAGCCGUGAGGGCAGAAUUGGGGAUCCAAUCCCUACGGUCGGGAAGAGACGCGAGGAAGCUGACCUGGCAGUAUCGCAUGUGCGGGAUGGGAGAGGAGAGGUUGCCGAGAAUUGUAUGGGAGGCGAAGUGGGCAAACAAAAAGAGGGGUAGACAACCCACGGAAUGGGUCAAGGUUGUAGAGGUCGUAUGGAAGGGGCUCGACAUCGACGAAGAUGAAACGCUGGAAACGGAGGGUCUACAGGGGUUCAAGGAGAAGAUAUCUGUUGCUUGUGCCGAGAGAGAAGAACAGAAUCUGAGGAAAGAAUCCAAGGAUAAGGAGGGUCUAGAAGUGUACGGAAUGUUGAAGGAAGGAAUAGGGUUCAAGGACUACCUACAUGGACCAAUGGAUGCAGGAACAAAGCUUAAGGUCAAAUUCAGGACCGGGGACAUAGGCCUUCGAGAACGUCGACGAAGACAUAGGACGGUAGACGAGGAAGACGACGAGUUCAAAUGUGAUUGCGGCUUCGAAUGCGAAGACCGUGUUCAGGAGUAGUCGCGGAACGUCCGUCGUACAAGGAG